AUGUUGACUCAAUUACAAAUCUUACUCUUCUGCACUGCAAUUACGCCAAUCUUUGGCAUUUUUGGUGGGAAAACCGCGGAGCUUGGGCAAUUUCCGCACGUCGCUUCGUUGCGUUUGAACAAUUUCCAUUUCUGUUCUGGCUCUAUCAUAAGCGAGAAAUUUAUUCUGACUUCAGCCUACUGCAAAUCAAGGGGUUCCAUCGAACUGAUUACAGCUGUUGUGGGAACCAUUCAUCAAGUAAACGGUGGAGAUCAUUACAAUAUCGUCAAAUAUUUGAACCACGAGAAUUGGACACAAGCUUCUCUUUUAAAUGAUAUCGCCAUUGUUGAAGUGAAAACUCCAAUAAGGUUUAAUAAAUUUGUUCAGCCUAUUAGAUUACCUACGAAGUUAUUCGAUGACAAAGGAAUUGCGACGGUUUCUGGAUUCGGGACAGUUUCGUAUCCGAAUGUUCCUUCAAAGUACCUCAUGUGGGUAGAUCAAAGGAUUUUGGGAUUGGAACGAUGCAGAAUCGCCAAUGCUCCGGUUAUAGUUUACGACAGUCAGAUAUGUUCGCAUCCAGAUGCUGGACAGGGUAUCUGCGAAGGAGAUAUUGGUGGAGCGUUGGUCAUGGAUGGAACCUUAAUCGGGAUUGCUUCAAAAUCUACAUACUAUUGCGGUUCCGGUUUACAUGAUUUCUAUACUAAUGUUUACUUCUACUUAGACUGGGUCACCAAUAACUCUAAUUAG